AUGCCGCUCGCCCUACUACCCUUUGUGCUCAUCUUCUUCCCGCUCAACAUCCUGGAAGUGCACUCCUCUGCUUCUGCUUCUGGAAGGGACACCAACACCAUCUUGCCUGGCCAAGUGCUUGCCGGCAGCGACAAGCUCGUCUGCAGCACCAGCAAGUAUGCGCUUGGCUUCUUCGAAACCCAAACCAGCGGUAACUCCAACUGCUGGUACUACCUGGGCAUAUGGAUCAACAGAGUCCCCACCAUAACUCCCGUGUGGGUCGCAAACGAGGACGAUCCGAUUGCUGAUCUCACCAUGGCGGUGCUCACAAUCUCCCCGGACGGCAACCUUGCCGUCCUGAACCGCACCACCAAAUCCAUCAUCUGGUCCACGUCCACCCAAGCCAACACCACAACCAAAGACACGAUCGCGACGCUGUCAGACGGUGGGAACCUCAUCGUGCAGAGAUCUUCGAGCCCAUCGGAUGUGAUCCUGUGGCAAAGCUUCGACCACCCGACGAAUAGCCUCCUCCCUGGCGCAAAGCUCGGCCGGGACAAGGUCACCGGCCUCAACCGCCGUCUUGUCUCCAGGAAGAACUCGGUGGAGCAGGCUCCUGGAGCCUACGCGUUGGAGCUGGACCCGACUGGUGCUUCUCAGUUCAUCCUCGUGGAGUUGAAUUCGGGAGUGACGUAUUGGUCAAGCGGCGAAUGGAACGGCCGAUUCUUCGACUCUAUACCAGAUAUGGGUGCCUAUUCUGAAUUUGUCGACAACAGCAGAGAGGUGUAUUUUGUGACCGCCUUGCGGGAUGACAACAUGGUCAUGCGCCUUUCGUUGGAGGUUUCUGGUCAACUCAAGGCGUUCAUAUGGUACGAGCAGUUGCAGGAUUGGGUAAUUUCAGCUGCCCAGCCGAAAUCUCAGUGUGAUGUCUAUGCAGUCUGUGGAUCUUAUUCAGUUUGCAACGACAAUGUAAGCCCCUCUUGCGACUGUAUGAAGGGCUUCUCCAUCAAGUCGCUUGAGGAUUGGGAGCUAGAGGAUCGAAGAGGAGGGUGCAUCAGAAAUUCUCCAUUAGAUUGCAGUGACAACAAAACAACAGAUGGAUUCUACUCCAUUCCAUGCUCCGGACUGCCCCCGAUUGCUCAGAGCUUAACGGUUAUUACUAAUGAAGGUGAGUGUGCAAAGGUUUGCUUAAGUAAUUGCUCAUGCACUGCAUAUUCCUUCAGUGAUGACUAUGGCUGCUAUGUCUGGCAUGAUGAACUGUUUAAUGUCAGACAACAACAGCACAGUGACCUCACUAGUACGAAGGUGGAAUUCCUGAAAGUUCGCCUUGCUGCAAAGGAGCUGAGGAUUUCGGAAAACCACAGAAGGAAAAUGCUGGUUUGGGUCGUUACCAGUGCAACUAUGCUGACUUUGUUUGGACUUGUCCUGCUGCUGCUGAUGAUUUGGAGGAACCGAACGAUGCGAUAUUGUCGCGUGUCAAACAGUGUUCAGGGUGGCAACGGAAUUGUUGCAUUUAGAUACACUGACUUGCAGCAGGCAACAAAAGGUUUCUCAUCCAAGCUAGGGAGCGGUGGUUUCGGCUCUGUUUAUAAGGGGGUUUUACCUGACGCAUCCACCAUAGCAGUGAAAAUGCUGGACGGUCUUCGUCAAGGGGAGAAGCAAUUCAGAGCCGAAGUGAGCUCAGUAGGUAUGAUCCAACAUGUUAAUUUAGUUAAACUGAUUGGUUUCUGUUGUGAGGGAAAUAACAGAUUGCUAGUCUAUGAGUACUUGCCAUACGGUUCUCUUGAUGUUUAUCUAUAUCAGAACAGUGUCACAUUUCUGAACUGGAAAAACAGGUAUCAAAUUGCCCUUGGAGUUGCAAGAGGACUUGCAUAUUUGCAUGAGAGCUGUCAGGAAUAUAUCAUACAUUGUGAUAUUAAGCCAGAAAACAUACUUCUUGAUGCAUCAUUCGCUCCUAAAAUUGCAGACUUUGGGAUGGCAAAAUUGGUACAAAGAAAUUUUAGCGGAGUCUUGACGACGAUGAGAGGAACUGUAGGUUAUCUCGCACCUGAAUGGCUCAGUGGAGUGGCUAUUACAACAAAAGUUGAUGUUUAUAGCUACGGGAUGGUGUUAUUGGAAAUUAUAUCAGGAAGGAGAAACACAUAUGAACAGUGCACUAGUUGUGGUCACAAUGAUGCUUAUUUUCCUCUGCAAGUUGCCAAUAAUCUUCUCAAGGGUGAUGUGCAGAGUUUGGUGGAUCCUAAGUUGUCUGGGGAUGCCAAUAUGGAAGAGGUUGAACGAGCUUGCAGAGCUGCUUGUUGGUGCAUCCAAGACAAGGAGUCCGAUCGACCGGCAAUGGGUGAGAUUGUUCAGAUUCUAGAGGGUCUACGUGAGGUCGAUGUGCCUCCACUCCCGAAGAUACUCCUAGCUGUUGCAGGAAGCCCACUAUCAACUAGUUUGUAA